AUGCCCUUCCCACGGAUCCUCGCCCGCGCCGCCGCCUCUGCGCUGCGAGCCCCGCCACUGCUACUACGUGCGCCGGUACUGGCACCAAGAGCGUUCACGACCGCGCACACAAAAUGGCACGGCCACAUCACGCCGCCGAAAAAGGGUGAGGAACUGCAUGUGACGUUCAUAGACAAGGAGGGAGAGAAGCACACGUACGAGGUUGCCGCGGGAGACAACCUGCUGGAUAUUGCGCAGGAGAAUGAUCUUGAGAUGGAAGGCGCGUGCGGUGGAUCAGCAGCCUGCUCGACAUGCCAUGUCAUUGUCGAGGAUGACACCAUGUACGAGAAGCUCCCCGAACCGGAGGACGAUGAGAACGAUAUGCUGGACCUGGCUUUUGGGUUAACGGAGACGUCGAGACUUGGGUGCCAGGUGCACAUGAGCAAGGCGAUUGACGGCAUUGUGGUGCGCCUGCCGUCAAUGACGAGGAAUCUGCAGAGUAGCGAUUUCUCAAAGAAGUAG